AUGAAGAAAUUGUGGGCUAAGUAUCGACAAUCUCGAGAUGAAGAUCAUGAAGAGAUGUGUACGACUAAUGCUCUUGUGGUAGCAGCAGUCGCUGAAGCUGAAGCUUUCUCCGGAUCACGAAGACGGGGUUCUCAACCUGGGCGUGCACCAAAUGAGGAGCGAUUUAGGGAAUCAAGAAGGAAAAACAUGAUGGAAGAUUACUUUGUGGAGCGUCAAGAGGUAUUCCGGACACGGUACAAGAUGAGUCACAAUGUUUUCAACCGCAUCUCUCGUGACCUUUGUCGCUAUGCCAAUCAAUGCGCUGAGUAUUGUCGGAUGGUGAAAUCUACCUCCAUCGAGUCUCUGAAACGAUUUACAAGAGGAAUCGUUAAUCUGUACUCGGUAGAAUACCUCCGGGUUUGUACUCCGGCCAACCUUAAAAGACUUCUCGCCAAAGCUGAGCGAAGAGGCUUUCCUGGGAUGAUUGGAAGCAUCGACUGCAUGCACUGGCAAUGGAAGAAUUGCCCAACAGGUUGGGCUGGAGAAUACAGCGGUCGAAAACGUGUACCCACUAUCAUCCUCGAAGCAGUCGCAUCUUAUGACACAUGGAUAUGGCAUGCCUUCUUUGAAAUGCCUGGAUCAUUCAACGACCUCAACGUGCUUGCUAAGUCCCCGUUGUUUGACGAGCUGACUGCUGGUCGAGCCCCUUAG